CAGAAAGAAACGGAGUUAAGAAAUGUUGUUCUUUAUAUAUUAAAAGAAAACCUUUACUCAGAUUAACUGAGUAUUAAUGUGAGUUUCCUGUUCUUGACUCGCAUCCAAGGGUCCUGAAGCAUUGUCUUCAUUGACUCUUCAGGCAAAUUCUAAUCCCUGGGAAUGCAAACUUUUGGGCCUUCGAGACUGGCUAUCCUCUUCAGCCAUUACUCUAAGCAUCUAUUGUCAGAACCCCCAGCCACGUGUGGCAGAGCCUAACAUUAAGCGGACUGAUAUUACAGAUUGCAUUACAUCUUCGAGCAAUGCAUCCAAAGCUUGAGCUGUAAAGUCUCUUCGUACUCAUCACGAGAGCACUGCACUAACGAUGGCCUGGUACAAAGUCACCACAAGUGGGAACUAUUUGGAAAAUGCUGAGGCGGAGAGCGUUGCCAUCCGGGACCGAGUUCGUGCCUCACCUGCCAGUAGAGUUUUGGAAGAGAGUGCCUUUGGUAACUCAUUAGAGAAUGCCACAGUGUUACCUGUGCAGACACAACUCACUUCUUCUGUUAAAUUGAACUUGGAAGGAAAUGGUGCUCUACCAGCCGAUGCUGCUUCUGUGUCAGGGGAAACACCUGUGAUGUGUGCCCAGGAAGUGCAGAAAUUGAAUGAGGCCUUUGACAUUUUGCUAGCUCUUUUCAUCUUAGCUUGUGUUUUAAUCAUUUUCUUGAUUUACAAGGUGGUUCAGUUUAAGCAGAAACUAAAGUCAUUAGAAACUUCAGGGGAAAAUAGACUUGAGUAUUACAGCUUUUAUCAGUCAGCAAGAUAUAAUGUAACUACCUCAAUUUGUAACACUUCCCCAAAUUCUAUAGAAAGCCCUGGUUUCGAACAGAUUCAACUUCAUAAACAAAUUAUUCCUGAAAAUGAGGCACAGGUCAUUCUUUUUGAACACUCUGCUUUAUGACUCAGUUACAUGUUGGCUUUAAGAGU